GAAAACUAUCCAGUGCAAGAUGUAUAAAUUCGACCAUCCCAGCACCUUUCGAACCAACAGUAACAACAACCAUGUCAACCCUUAGCGCUCCAGCGGUGUUAGAUGCAUCCAAACUCACCAUCACCCAUUCCACCGUCCAAUGUCCCGUACCAGCACUCGGUUCCCCCGAACAAUGGGCACAGAACGUAUGCUCCGACCACAUGGUCCAAUGUCAAUGGAGUGUGUCUGGCGGCUGGGAGACUCCUGAAAUCGUUCCCUUCGGCAACUUGUCUCUUUCACCGGCUGCAUCCUGCCUCAACUAUGCUACGCAGUGUUUUGAAGGCAUGAAAGCGUACCGUGGUUUCGACGGGAAAGUGAGACUGUUCAGGCCGGAUUGCAAUGCCAGAAGGCUGAGUUCCAGCGCUCAGCGCGUGUGCUUGCCUGCUGUCGAUGACAAGGAAUUAGUUGCGUUGAUCAAAGCAUUGCUUAAGAUCGAUGCUCCACGAUGGCUGCCCAAGGAGGAACCAGGACGCUUCCUCUACAUCCGGCCCUCGCUCAUCGGCACCGGCUCCCAAAUGGGCGUGCAACUCCCCACCUCAGCCCUCCUCUACAUCAUCACCGUCCCAUGGCCCGACUUCUCCAAGGAGUCCCCCCCUGGAUCCCCGCCCCGAACCGGGCUGCGACUCCUCGCGUCCCAGGGCGACACGAUCCGCGCGUGGCCCGGCGGGUUCGGCCACGCGAAGGUGGGCGCCAACUACGGGACGUCGCUGGGUGCGCAUGGCGAGGCGCAGAGGAAGGGGUUCGAUCAGGUGCUGUGGCUGUUUGGCGAUGAUGGGCGGGUUACGGAGGCGGGGGCGAGUAAUUUCAUGGCGGUGGUGAGGAGUAGGGAGACUGGGAGGACGGAGCUUGUCACGGCGCCGUUGACGGAUAAAUUGAUUCUUGAUGGGGUGACUCGAAGGUCGGUGUUGGAGUUGGCGAGGAAGGGGGUUGUGGGGGAGGUUGAGGUCGUGGAGAGGUAUUUCACUAUGUCUGAGCUGGAAGAGGCGUGGGAGGAGGGACGGGUUGUUGAAGCGUUCGUGUGCGGGACUGCUUUCUUUAUCACCCCCGUCUUGUCAAUCAACUUCAAGGGCCGUGACUUGGACAUGCAGCAUGGCGACGCCGAUCCCGCGAAACGAAUUGCUUCGAUACUUGCAAGCUGGCUCGGUAACAUUCAAUAUGGCGUCAUAGACCACGAAUGGGGUGUAGUUGUGGAGGAAGAAGAAGAAGAAGAAGAAGAAGCUUAGAAUCAAAUCGAUAAUUCAGCAUCGUGAAAU